UUUAAACAUUUUUUUUACAAAUUUUGAAAACAACACCUUUCUGCUACAUAUGCAUUAUCUUUGAUAGCAGAUUAAUCUACUAAUAUGGUGAUAGUGGUGUGAAAGCUCAGCCAGGUUUCCCUGGAAGAUUAAUAAAAAAUUCGAGUGAGCCGGGUUAUUAUAUAAACGCUGGUGUUUUGCAUAGACGACUGUCUAAAACUGCUUAUAAGCAUGCAAAUAUUUGCGUAGCUAUCUGUGAUAACAUUGUGUAGCGAAACGGUGCUAAUUUUUUGUCAAUUCCAUUUGGGUUGGUCAAUUUCGGCGGAACAAGUUUAGUCGACAGACUGACGAUCGUGAUUUGAUACGUGCCCAAAAGGCUGAAGAAAUCAACAAACUACCAGAGAAAAUACAAUGAAUAACAAUCUCAACGGAACUGUGGAUGGUGAAACGAUUGUAGACUAUUCGUCUCUCGAUUCAAAGGUUCACCAACUGAUCCAAGCUGCCAUCGAAGUGCGUAAAAAUGCGUACUGCCCGUAUAGUAACUUCGCCGUGGGUGCAGCCUUGAGAACAACAACCGGAGAGAUCUUCACCGGCUGUAACGUGGAGAACGGAACGUUCGGGCCGAGCAUUUGUGCCGAACGAACGGCAAUUUGCAAAGCCGUGAGCGAAGGGUUUCGCGAAUAUGAAGCAAUUGCUGUGGUUGGUUAUCAGGAGACACAAUUUACGACCCCCUGCGGAACCUGUCGGCAAACGCUGUCCGAGUUUUGCAGACGGGAUAUUCCGGUCUAUGUUGCAAAGCCAGCGCCGGUACGGGUUAUGGUAACUACUUUGUAUACACUAUUGCCCAACGCAUUUCAACCGAGUUUUCUGAAGCUAGAUUAAAUUCUAAAGUGUUUUGUGCAUGAAUAAUAUAUUGUAAGGACAAACAUAA